AUAGGCCUGACCCGAAAAAAAAGGAAUUUACCACGUCAGAUCAGAUCACGCUCUCUCAACCUCUCGCGCUCUCUCGUCUCAAGCUCUCUCACUCUCCACGAAGCCGAUCGUCGCCGCCGCCGAGCUCUGAUCCAAGCCGUCGAGCUCCGAUCCACGCCGCCGAGCGAAGCUUGUGUACAACGUGAUUUCUGGAGAAAUUUAAACGAUCUUUCUAUCAUUGUUUCAAGGACAGCCAGCUGUUCCCUUCCUGCCUUAAAAAGAAAGAAAGAGAGAGAUGAGCGAAUUGGAAGUUCCAGGGAAGGAGGCAAAUGUGUUGAAAGGUCAUGAGGGAGCAGUAUUAGCGGCGAGAUUCAACAGCGACGGAAACUAUUGUCUGAGUUGCGGCAAAGACCGUACCAUACGCCUCUGGAAUCCCCACCGUGGCAUCCACAUCAAGACCUACAAAUCCCACGCCCGUGAAGUCCGUGACGUCCACGUCACCCCGGAUAAUUCAAAGCUGUGUUCAUGUGGUGGAGACCGACAAAUCUUUUACUGGGAUGUAUCAACGGGUCGUGUUAUUCGUAAAUUUCGUGGCCAUGAUGGCGAGGUGAAUGCUGUAAAGUUCAAUGAGUAUUCGUCUGUCGUAGUUUCAGCAGGCUAUGAUCAAUCAUUGCGUGCUUGGGACUGCAGAUCUCACAGCACUGAGCCAAUUCAGAUUAUUGAUUCAUUUUCAGACAGUGUUAUGUCUGUCUGUUUAACAAAAAGUGAAAUUAUUGGUGGAAGUGUUGAUGGAACUGUUCGAACAUUUGACAUACGUAUUGGUAGAGAAAUAUCUGAUGACUUGGGGCAACCGGUCAACUGUAUCUCUUUGUCAAAUGAUGGUAACUGCAUAUUAGCCAGUUGCUUAGAUUCUACUUUACGCCUUCUAGACAGAACUUCUGGUGAACUAUUGCAAGAAUAUAAAGGCCAUACUUGUAAGUCCUACAAACUGGAUUGCUGCCUUACCAACACUGAUGCACAUGUAACUGGUGGAUCUGAGGAUGGAUUCAUUUACUUCUGGGAUCUGGUAGAUGCAUCUGUAGUGUCAAGUUUCCGUGCUCAUUCCUCAGUGGUGACAAGUGUGAGUUACCACCCAAAGGAUAGUUGCAUGAUAACUGCCUCUGUCGAUGGCACCAUUCGUGUUUGGAAGACAUGAGAACAAAAUCAAUAAACCCUUCUCAGCUUAUGCCAGCAAUUUGGAUUUAACAACUUCCACCUACAAAAUUUUUUCCUGAAACCUUUUCCAUAUUAGAGAGAUUUCAUGAAAUUCCAUUCCAAGCUCCCAACAUGUUGCAAUUCUCUGGCUACAAGUUAUUGAUUAAUGAGAAUUUUAAUUCUUCUGCCUUAA